UUUUUAUCAAAUUGUGAAGGAAAGGAAAGGAUAGCAAACCCACUCUCUCUCUCCCUCUCUCUCCGUCACUAUAACUUAUUGGUUACAUUGUCUCUAUCCUUUAAUCAGAGUUCAAAGUUCCAACUUCCAUUACCAGAUUCCAGAUCCAAAUCUAGGUGGGAAGAAGAAACAUUGAAGGCUCUCCAAUAAAACAAUUGCUCUGAUCUUGCAUUUGUGUUGAGUUUCCAUGGCUAUGUGUAUCUAAGUAUAUCUACCAACAUUUCCAGUUUCUGCCAUAUUUCAUUUUUGGUAACUUACCUACCUACACCAGAGAGAAAAAAGGUUCACUUUUUGUCAUUGCCAGAAUCCAACGGCCUCCAACACUCUCUGGUGUUGUAAAGAAAAUAUUUUUGUUGAGCCUUAAAGAGAUUAGGCAUGUUCAAGUUAUCUCCUCGAAGGAACCCGAGAUCUAAAGGUUUCAAGGUAAAACAUGCUUUACAGCUAUUUCUUUUGGCGGGUGUCUGCAUCUGGCUAGCUUACCAAGUCAAGCAGUCUCAUGGUAAGAAAGCAGAAUUCAGGAAAAGCAUAAAAGAUGGGGAUCAAAUUGUUAAGUUAGGAAGAAAGGACCUCAAGCCUCUUGUGGAGGGUGUCAAUAGCAAUGCAAGGGAAAAGGAGGAGGAAGAAGAAAACAGGAAUGAAGAAGAAAACAAGCCUGAAGAGAUCGAUAAUGUAGGGAGAGGCACUGGAGACGAUGGGAUAAAUGAAAAUGAUGAAAAUAAAAUUGAAGAAAAAACAGAUGAUAAUGUUGUUUCAGUAGAAGGAGAGAAAGAAAGGGACAAGGGCAAGGAGAAUGAAAAUGAAGAGAGCAAAGAGGAUGAAAACGCCCAGAAGAAGAAUGAAGACGACAAAGCCAAGGAGAGUGAGGAAAGCAGUGAGAAGGAAACUGAAGAGACCAAAGAGAAAGAAAGUGAAGAGAAGGAGAAUGUAGAGACCAAUGAGAAAGAAAGUGAACAGAAGGAGCAUGAAGAGACCAAUGAGAAAGAAAGUGAACAGAAGGAACAUGAAGAGACCAAUGAGAAAGAAAGUGAACAGAAGGAGCAUGAAGAGACCAAAGAUAAAGAAGGUGAACAGAAGGAGAAUGAGAUCAAAGAGAAAGAAGUUGAACAGAAGGAGAAUGAAGAGGCCAAAGAGAAAGAAGGUGAACAAAAGGAGAGUGAGGAGACCAAAGAGAAAGAAGGUGAACAGAAGGAGAGCGAAGAGACCAAAGAGAAAGAAAGUGAACAGAAGGAUAAUGAAGAGACCAAAGAGGACGGAAGUGAGGAGAAAAGAACAUCAGAGGAGGGUCAGGGAGUGGAUAAUAAAGAGGGGGAAGAACACAUUGAGACAGAUAAUAAAGAAAACGAGGCUGAAGAGAAGGAAGGUGAUAAGAUUGAGCAACUAAUUUUAUCUGAUGAUCGGGUUCGAGAUGGAGGUGAAAAAAAUGAUGAGGGGGCAAGAGAAGAGCCUUACAAGGCUGAUGAUGCUUCCAGUGCUGUGGCCCAUGAAACUCAGAACGAGACAGCAAAAAAUGGACAAGAUGGUGGUAACGAGAGUAAUCACUCAGAACCAGCUAAUGGUUCCACGCCUAACUCAACUGAGCAGGAGAAAGUCGAUGCUAAGAAAGAGGACUCUGCACAGAAAAAUGUUGUAUUAGAGCAACCCGAGAAAUCUGAUGUACCUGCCAACAGCGAGCAACAAGACUCUAGCACCACAGCUUCCACUAAAACUGAGAAUGGAGAGGCAACUAAGGGAAUAUCUACAGAUACUUCUAGUAAUUCUGAAUCUGUUGUGUCGGAGAGUCAGAUUGUCAACUCCAAUACAUCUACAGAAACAGAAAAUAGUUCUGCACCUUUAGCCAUGAGCAUUGUUCAGACUCAAAAGUUCAGCAGUGACACUGAGGUAGAAGGGACACAGGAAAGUACACUAUCUCAAAAAACUAACGACAAUGAAGAUGGUGGCCAAAAGCAACAAGCUGAUUCUUCUAAUCCUUCAUUUCAACAAGAGAAAGAUGCACCCUCAAACACAGAUAACAAAUCUGAUGCAGGCCAGACUGUAAAUGACAGUGCUGUUCCAAACAACACGAAUGAAAACGCAAAUGGCAACUACAACACAGAUGCGGGACAGAAGGAAUCAGUUGACUCUUCUGAUUCUUCAGUAUCCCAAGUCAAAGAGGAGUCUUCAAACACAAAUAAUAAUGCGGAGGCUGGACAGAAUGAGAAUGAGAAUGUUCUUCAAAGCAAGACCAAUGACAAUGCAGAUGUAGGCCAAAAGGAAAAUGAAGGUGCAAGCGGAGAAGAAUCUGGUAAUGUGCAGAAGAAGAGUGAAGAUUCCUCGAACACAGACGAAAAUACUAAUGAGAGCCAGAAUGUUACAGUUGAUUCUUCACAUUCUUCGAUCCUUGAAGAAGAGAACGAGGCUCGUAUAGACCUGGAAACUCUGCCAGAAAGCAAAAUCGAUACUCAUACCAAUGAUGAUACGGCUGCAGAGUAGAAAUUGUAAUAAGUUGAUUGUUCAUUCCGCGACCGUUUAUAUCAUUUUGUUUUCAUCUUUUUGUUCUGAGGUGAUUAGGCAAAACUGUAAGGUUCGUUGCUCAUUGUACUUGAAAAGUUGUAAGAUCCAAGGUUUGAAAUUACUCUUUCUUCGUCUGA